CUCUCUCUCUCUCUCCUAAAAGGCAAAGGUUUUUACACGUUUGGAGCAUCCCCUGUUCUUCUCUCUCGGCAGGCGAGGUGAUGCACGCUGAAUUCCGUACACCUCCAAGCCAACCACCAGCCAGCUAACUUUGCCCAUCUUCAGCUUUGGUGAAGAGGCAUAGAGAGAGAGAGAGAGAGAGAGAGAGAGAGAGAGAGAGAGAGAGGGAAUUGCAGAAGCUGAAAGCAGACUUGUGGGACAGAGCCCAUUCCCAAGCUCCAGGAAUUGGCUUUCUGCAGAAAUGGCACUCCAACAAGCAAGUAUCCUUCAUGUUCCAUUUCACACUCUUAAAGGCAGCAGAACAGUUUCUACUUUACUUUCUAGCUUCAAGACUCCAUUGAAGAAUACAGAGAGAUGGUUUGGUCUCUCCUCAGAUAUUCUGCAUGCACCUCGGCAGGGUACGGAUAUGAAAAACAUUGUCGUAGGAGCUUCUAAAAUGUCUCAGAAUCCCAAAUUUAUCGGUGGAAAGAAAGAGCGAGAUGAUGAUAGCAGUGAUUCUGAUUACGAGGAGCAAGACGAUGAGGUGAAGGACAAUGACCCUUAUCUCAUGGAUCCUGAAGAGAGGCGAGAGUGGAGAAGGAAAAUUAGAGAAGUGAUCAAUAAACAUCCUGAUGUUGAGGACGAGAUAGACCUUGAUGAGAGGAGGAAGAAGAUGCAGAAGCUCCUGGCUGAUUAUCCCCUCGUUGUGGAGGAGGAUGAUCCUGAUUGGCCUGAGGAUGCUGAUGGAUGGGGUUUCAAUUUGGGCCAAUUCUUCAACAAAAUCACUAUUAAGAACGUUAGGAAAGAAGAUGAUGAAAAUUAUGAUAGUGAAAAUGAAAUUGUGUGGCAAGAUGAUGAUUAUAUCCGCCCCAUCAAAGAUAUCACUACUGCUGAAUGGGAGGAAGCUGUUUUCAAGGAUAUUAGUCCUUUGAUUGUUCUUGUACAUAACCGCUACAAGAGGCCAAAAGAGAAUGAAAAGAUCAGGGAUGAAUUGGAGAAAGCCGUGCACAUAAUUUGGAACUGCAGACUACCUUCACCAAGAUGUGUUGCAGUUGAUGCUAUUAAGGAGCCUGAGUUGGUAUCUGCUCUGCAAGUUUCCGUCUUUCCAGAGAUUAUCUUCACUAAAGCUGGCAAGAUUUUAUAUCGUGAAAAGGCUAUUCGAACUCCGGAUGAGUUUUCAAAGAUGAUGGCGUUCUUCUACUAUGGAGCAGCCAAGCCACCUUGUUUGAAUAUAAGUGAAGAUAGCCAGGAAACAAUUCCGUCUGUUUGAAUAUAGUGUAUUGUAUAUCCACAGUCCAGCUUAGUAGUACUUAAUACCCUUAGCCUUUCUUGCAGUGCAUGUCAUUGCAGAAGGCUGACAAUUUUGAUGUAGCACACUUGACUGUUACUGGUGGUUUACUUGUAAACAAUUCUGAAGGAAAGCAAGUAUUACAUAAUUUCCUGUUCUGGGUGUCUAACUAAAAAUAAUCUUGGAAUACAAUUUGAAUUGGUGAACAUGGAUGGGUUGGUCUCAAUGCAGUUUAUGUGUUUACCUCUUCACCUUUAGAAUUCAAAUUCUUUGCAGCAGGCCCAAUUCCAUAAAGGGAACGUUUGAUCAUAUGAGACUUAUAAAUAUCUAAUAGCACGCAUUCUUCCCAACUAUAUACUGGCACUCCUGCUGCUUAUCUAAAACAAGGUAAUGCAUCCACAAACUGUUGAAAAUAUCAGGAAUAAUUCUGUCCCUGAUGUGAAUGUGUUGUUUAUUUUCUGAAUUACAUUUAUCUGCUUAUCUUGUUUAUCAUAGCUAGUUUUGGUGGUUCUUUAGGUAGUUUUGGUUGUAGGUGACUUCUUUUCCUUUAUUAGGAACUAUUCGAGCCUUCAACAUGACUUCUGGAUUUUCAUACAUAUCUUUACUUGAUCUAGGCUGAAUUGGUGGAUGUGUGUUGAGAGAAUGGUAGUGAAUUGUUUUUCUUUUCUUUUUUCUUUUUUUCUUUUUUUUUGUUUUAAAUUUUUGCACUGGUAGAAUUAGGAAAUUUUCCUCUUUGAAGAUGGUAGCUAUAACAGGUACGAUUUGCAUGCUCUCUGCUCCCAGUAACGAUGGAAGCACAAAUCUUUUGUCUGAACAAAGCCGAGAACACACAUGCAAACUUCCAUGGUGAAUUGGCUUUUACUCACGUUAGUAAGAAGAAUCCUGAUUGGUCACAGGAUCCAUGCAAGAAGUUUGAUGAUGUUGGAUAUCUGACUGGUUAAUUUAGAUGUUUCUGCAGUUUAAGGAAUUUUUUUUCUUGGUCGAAUUUUCUGUAGUUAAGGAUGGCUAUGUAGAAAAAUGUCAGGUUGCGAUUAAGACUUAAGACCACAUAUUUGGAUAUGUGCCGUGGCUGGAUGAAGGAAAGGAAGAGAUGAUAUGGACGAUGUCAGAAUAAUACGGCCAAUAGUGAGGGUGAAAAGUAGGGACUUGAACCCUCCGCCUCCGCCUAAAAUGAAGAAAUGAGCAGGGGGUAAAUUCGAUUAUUUUGAUUUAAGAAUGAGUAAAUAAUUGCAGAAGGAUCUGGGAAAAUGUGAGGACAAGAGGAUAUCAUCAAGAGGAAGGAUAAAUGUGGCGAAUCUGAUUCUGAUUCUUGGGUAAGUAAAGUGGAAGAUCAAGAAGGAAAGAGAAUGGGAAGAGAAAAGGUAGCCUUUAAAAUGACUAGGAUAAGGGCUUCAGGAGACGAUGAAGGAGAAGGAGGAAGAGUAAGGAAUUGUCUGAGUGAGACAAGCACUGCCGAUCACUGUAAGAAAGAGUAAGAAAGAGAGAAGGACUAGUACACUGGUGACUUUGACAUGGAUAACUUGGAUUUAUUUUGAAGGAACAUAAAAGGAGCAGAGCAGGAGGGCUGUCAUACCAUAAGGUUAUGACGACAGGCUCGUUUGAUUUGACUGCAAAUUUGUGAAGGUGUGAAGAGUCAAGAAGAGCAAUGAAACCAUUGAGACUGUUCCAUCUUGAUCAAUCCCAUGCUUCGUUUUUAAAAGUGCAUCCGAAUUUAUAUUCUUUGAAUAUUAUCAGCUCUUUUCAUUCGUGCUGCUUGGGUUGUGGGUCUACAUUGUGUUACUGCGAGAGCUUAGGGGAGGUUGUAAGACUUGCUGUUUUUUCAGAUUCACUGUCAAUAGAGGUUUCUGUGGAGGGAAUCAAGGAGAGACACGCAUUUCGAUUAAUGACAAGUAGUCAUCAUUCUGUAAAUGGAAUUGAAGUACAAGAGCAUCAUUUCAUAGCAAUGGUCAUAUGCCUAAAGAAAUUCCUCCCUUCCAACAGCUGCUUUCGGAUUUCAGAGUCAUUAUUUAAGAGUGAUAGGACGCAUUGAGAGUUGUCAUGAUGCACAAUGACAUUGCAUCAUAUUUUGCCCAUCAUCAGAUAAAAAUAUUAGCUGACAUAUGUGGCCUUUAUGACUACUAUUUAGCUUAAACUGCACUGUGGUUUUGGACUAAUUCCUGGACGUUUAUUCAUUGUGAAGGCCACAGCAGCAGAAGGCCUUGUGGUAAUGGAACCGGAAGGCAAAGAGCUGGUAAGGAUUGGAGCCAUCAAACUUGCAGUCUGAUACUCCAGCUAUUCGCUUCUCACCGCUCCCGACAAAAACAGUGAGGCAUUUGCCAGUACUGCCGGAAACCCAAAAUCGAAAUUCCUGAUGGUUGAACUUCUUUGGUGGGUUAAUAGAUUUCCAGUCCGCAUCGGCAAUGCUUUCGAGCGAAUUCAAUGACCGCAGGCUCACUUUCCCAUGCUUGUCCACGGUGAGGUAACUCUGUCCUCCGGAGCACUUGUCCAUGUAAUUGUUGAAUCUGUGGGGCAUUGGAGUAGGAAGUUUGUUAGAAAUGGAAACAACACAAACGACCACCUCGUUUGGUUCAACCUUAUGAAACAAAUAUCCCUUUUCUUCUGGCUAUGUUUGUUUUAUUACCUGUGAUAACCAGAAGCUGAACCAGAAGUGGAUUGCCAACCAUAAUAGGCAUUGUAAUUGGCAGACUCACCACCCAAAACAUUUGGGACAGAAUAAACUCCUCUGUCGGUGGCGGCGACAUAAUCGGAUUGCAAAGCACCGGCAAUGAGAGUGUUGUCCCAAGCAGUCAUGUGGGGGUAGGCUUCACUUGGUGGGCAUGUCGACGUGUCGCAUUUGGAGCAUUGCCUGCACAGAAGCUCGCUCUUCAGCGGUACAUAUCCAGCACUGUCAGCAGCCGAGCCACAGAUCACCAGAGCAAGCAGGUAUAAAGAGAGCAGAAAGAAGUUUCUGUGCAUGAUGGUUGGAUUGUUUUCUUUGGCUGGUCAUUCUUUUUGGAUAGAUUUUGCUUGAUUAUAUACACUUCUUUUGUUCUCGAACUCAUCGGUUUCGGUCGUUUUCUACCAUCAGGUUCGAUCGAUUGGGACAAAACAUAGUUGUACUUUGUUCCAUCUGAACAUUUUUUAAUUGUUGGGCAUAGAUAAUUACGAAAUUUUCAGCUGUAUCUGGAUUUUGCUACAAGAUCUGAGGGACAAUUUGUCCCCCACGUUUAAUCUUUGGUUAUACAUACACGAAAUGUUCUCUUGA